AAUGGCAGCGAAACCAGUUUUGGCAUCCGAUUUGAUUGCAAAGGACUCAAUCGGUUUGUUUGAGGAAAGAGCAAGGAAACGUUUGCGAGUGGGUACUGGAUGCUGCGAUUCGGUUGAUGAUGCGCUGAGUGGAGGGUUGGUGUAUGGACAAGACGGUGUCUACAACAUCAGUGGCGCGACGGGGAGUCGAGCAGCCGAAACGACAUCCAAUCUAGNNAUCAGCCUUCAAAUCCUAAUCACACAUCUUCUCGCCUCACAAAAUCACACCGCAACUCUCAUCGACGCUUCCGGCAACUUUGACGUUUUGAGUCUAUACAAAAACCUGCUGACCCGGCUCGCCAAAACCAGCACCAAUCAUGAACAAAACAUCAAACAAGCAACUUCUAUCCUCGACAGAGUGAACAUUAUGCGAGUGUUUGACUUUGAAGGUGUGGUAGAAGGAUUAAACGAAUUAAUCGACGACUUGGAAGGAAAGAGUGUCCCUAAGAACACGAUCAGGGAUAGUCAAGAAGAAGAGGAAGAUGAGGAAGUUAUCUUGCCAGAGGACGCUGAAGAUAAGAAGGGAAAGCAAGAACAGGCGGGUUUGGUUUUGAUUAACAAUCUGAGUCAAGUGCUGGGCCUGUUGUUGAAGAAUAACUAUGUUCAAGGGCAAGCUACAUUGGCCACGCUGGUGAGAAGACUACGCAACAUGGCACAAGCACACAACCUCUGCGUCGUACUGUUGAGUUGGAGUGUCUCGUAUGGAAGCGAUCAAGAGCGUGUCUCUAUCUUCGAAGCCAUCAAAGCCAGACCGGGACUAGGCAAGUCACUAGGAUACCUGGUCGACACACAAAUCCUCAUCGACGCCAUCCCCAGAAAAGCAAAAUCCAAAGGAAACGCAGAUCUGGUCAAUGUGAUUGAAGUCAUCUACAGCAGAGGAAGUCACCAAGCAGGGAAAUUCGGCGUCUUCGAUGUCACUGCUGAUGGAGAGAUUCAAUCUGCAUUC